UGAACGUCUGCCAACCAAUAUGGAAGAAUUACUAGCCAAACACCGCAAGGAGCAGAAAGACCUCCAAGCUCGCAUCACGCAGAAGAAGAAAUCCGCAUCGAAGAAGACGCGCAAAGGAAUCAACGACGAAUGCGACCGCCUCCAACGAGAUGUCUCCGAGCGACACCAGACAGAAAUCGCCCAGUUCAAUGGAGAAUCCACCGAGCCCGUCAACGGAAUCGAAAACCUGAGCAUCGACAAUGACGACGACAGCAAAACCACAGACAAAGAAGACUCCGCCACCUCCUCCCAGACGCCGACAACUGAUUCCCCCGCCGACACAUCAUCCGCCUCGCAAUCCUCCAUCCCCCGCCAAAAGAAACCCAACCGUCAAAAGGCACGCUUAGCUCGUCGCGCUGCGGAGCAAGCCGCUCAGUCAGAAGUCGCCGCGGAAGAAGCCUCGAAACAGACCGACCACCGCGGGAACGAGCGAGAAGUAAUGGAGGGUGUAUUCAAGCGUCUCGGGCUGAAGGAGAUCGAGAUCAACCCUGACGGACAUUGUCUAUACUCAGCGAUAGCAUGCCAGCUUGAAGGGUCCGGACUCGGACUGAAGCCGGACCCAGAGCGGAUGCCGCUGCAGGGACCGACGCAGGCGCGGGUCGAGAACGUCGCGUCGGCUCAGCACGACGGCUACCGCGCGGUGCGGGCAGUGACGGCGGACUUUAUUACCGAACACGCGGACGAUUUCCAGCCGUUCAUGGAGGAGCCUGUCAGCCAGUACACCCACAAGAUCAAGCUCACGGCCGAGUGGGGAGGCCAGUUGGAGCUCUCUGCUAUUGCGCGCGCGUACGGGGUCGAUAUCAAUGUUAUCCAGGGAGAUGGGCGCAUCGAGAAGGUUGAAUCUGGAGACUUGGAGAAGUUGGAUGAGGAGGAGAGACGCAAGCGCGUUGUCUGGAUGGCUUACUACCGGCAUACGUAUGGCCUCGGAGAGCACUACAAUGCGCUUGUGCAGAAGACUUAGAUCGGGUUCUUGCACGGAUGACGGUGUAUGUGGACGGGCUGUCGAACAGAAGAGAAACAUGAUGACUUUUCAAAUACCUCCCGAGAGGUUUGAAUAGAACCACGCUGGUUGUUGGUUCUGUGUCCUCACUUCUGUCGUGCCGGGGUAGAUCACAUAUGAACUGCUCUGCUCGUCUCGGGUAUAUCUACUGCUCAUACCAGACUUAACCGUUACCGUGUCCGCCUGCUCAGGUGACUUUCGUACGGUCCGUCUCGUUCAAAAGAGUGUGUCUGAGCAACACGUUAAUGGUUUGUGAUCCCGGUGUCAAAACUCGACAUGAUCAACCCCACGAUACGCCUCUUCGAAUCGAGCGCACAAAGUACAACAGCCUCUACUCUGGGGCAAAUCCAAAAUCCAAAUAUGGACUGUGACAAAGCGCCAGGGAUGUAAAUUCAACCACUUCACAUUCUUAUAAAGCUACAUCGACAUAUUUAUAGAGACUAGAAGCAUC